AUGAAAGGCUUGGUGAGCACUAGGGCGGAUUCGAACCUCCGAUCGAUCGUGCAGGAAGCGGAACCUCUAACCGCUACACCACACCCGCCCUUAUACCUAGGAGCAGAACAUAACUCAACAGAUGUUGACGAUGGAGACGGAAAAUGCUUUACGCUCAUUCCAAUGCUCAAUUUCGGUGUCUGCAUGCCAGACACAUGUACCGAUUACGACGUAACAAGGAUGAUCACAUUUGCUGUCCGCCUUGCUGAAAGAGCGGCUGCCAAAGAUGCCGUUUGUGAUGUGAAUGUGGAGUGUCGUCAUGAGAAGGAGGAGUUUGCAAUGAGCAGUAAUUGGAUGGCUAUGUCUGCAUUGUACUUUCUCACGUACACCAUCAUUAUGAUGGUUUUUGGAACCUUAUACGAUCUUUUCAUUCAUCAGAAAGAAAUCGAAAUGUAUCCUGGAAUGGACAUGAAUAAGCAGCUGGAGAAUUGGCAACAAUGGCGAUCUAAUGCGAAGUACGCAACAGGAGAAGCAGUAUGA